AUGACUUUACCGCUCAGGCUAUUUACUAUUCUCGCAUGCUAUUGCCAGGAGCCCGUUAAUCAUCAGUACCAUCCCUUUGAUCACUCUAUUAGCAUUCGUUUGGCUUGGCGAACUGGCAGUGCUCGUACUUCCCUUCUAGUCGCCACUGCCAUCUCCAACCACAUCUCAUGGUCAGGUCCUCACGGAAUUCAUUGGGUGGUAUAUCCUGUCAGUGCAUCGUGCAAGUCGGUGGUAGUAAGGCCAAGACCCUGUGAGCAGGCAGCAUUCGGCAGCGUGAAGACCAAGCAAACUGAUCAUCACGUAGAGUUGCCUCUGCACGAGCGAGAGCAACUUUUAGCUUCUGAGUCUCUUGCUACAUCUCAAGCACCCUCGCAUGCCAAUAUGGACACUUGUAUGGAUAGUGGCGUCAUCGAUAUUGAUGCAGUGUUCCCUCCACCCGGUGAAGAAGGGUUUGCUGUCAGCCAUUGGGGUGAGGAACAUGCUCUCUAUUCAGAGCUCAAGCAGGUCUCCCAUGCGCACAUCAAGUACAUUACUCUUUCUGCAUGGAGCGAUCAAUACGACAUACUUGCAAACACACUACUCGCAUACCAGCAUGACAGCAUAGAAUUUCCUGAGGUUGAUGAUUCAGAUCAUGACGUGUUUGAAAUUGAAGUAGUGGACAUCUUCAGCUGA